UCGAAAUCAUGGAAUAUUUAUGACUGCAUGAUAUAAGCUGUCACUGUUAUACAUCUAUUCUAAUAUGGCUCGUAUCACAGGUUUAAACGCCCACGAGGCGCCUCCAGAUGCCGUGAGACUGCGCUAUAAGCAGUAUCUAAAAGCGUCACUGUCUGAAGUCGAAGCUGAUACGGGCAUUGUUGACUUGCAAUCUUUGGAUCCAGAUGCUCUCCCUGACCAGAUAGCGCUUGUGCGGAAAAUAUCUGUCGAGGGUCUUCAGCCGGCUUUCGACAAAUUCGUCAACACAUCACCAACCCCGGAACCGCUUGAGAAAAACAUCCCCGUGUUCACUCAUCGAUCUGUCACCGGGCUUCUCAUGGUCCCGUCCUUAUUCCCACCAACGGUCCAAAUGGAGCUGCUCAACCGCCUGUUCCACCGAGAUCUCUCCAACAGUGCACACAAGACGAAUCUCCAUCUCCACUACGAUGUAAUGUACCCUGUGCGGACGGACGGCGGAAUUGAGUACCGUGACACGACUACCUCGCUAAACGAGUCCUAUCAACAACCGAUCUCUUUUUUCCAGGACAUCCAGACACGGACAUUCUAUCCCAAGGAUCCAGAGGUACAUAAGCCACUUAGCAUGCAAAGUGUUUUGACCAAGAAGCUUCGUUGGGUCACUCUGGGUGGUCAGUACGAUUGGACUGCCAAGGAAUACCCGGCCGAGCGCCCGCCUGCUUUUCCUGAAGACAUUGCAGAGCUUCUCCGAGCAGCUUUUCCUGAGACCGAACCCGAAGCCGCUAUCUUGAAUCUAUACUCUCCCGGAAACACCUUGAGCCCGCACCGUGACGUCAGUGAAGAAUGUGACGCAGGCCUUAUCAGUGUUAGUUUUGGCUGCGAUGGUCUGUUUCUUAUCAGUCACGAUGACGGCGCCGGGUGUGAGAUAAUCCGCCUUCGCUCGGGAGAUGCAGUGUACAUGGAUGGCACUUCACGGUUCGCCUGGCAUGCCGUGCCUAAGAUCCUGCCUGAGACUUGCCCUUCAUGGUUGGCAGACUGGCCCUGCAUUCCGGAUGACGAGAACGGGUCGUGUCUCAAAGCGUGGAAAGGCUGGAUGGCGGGUAAAAGAGUGAAUCUGAAUGUCCGACAAAUAGUGGCCGACCAGGCUUAA